AUAUACAUAUUUUUUGCAAGGAGUAAAACAAUGUCUAUGCUACUCUUCACUUUAAGAGUGUUCUGGCUCAGCCUGUUUUUUCCAUAAGAAUUAUUCAUUGACAAACUUAUCAGUUGGUGAAUUUUUUGGGUCUAUAUUUCACAUUUUUUCAUUCCUUGCAGAUGAUAUAAAGAGAAAAAGGAGGAAGUGGCUGAACCAGAGGCUGACCCUGAACGGGAUCAGAGGACUGUAUUUGCUUACCAGAUUUGUUUGAAGGCAAAUGAAAGAGAUGUGUAUGAGUUCUUCUCAAAGGCUGGCAAGUUAUAUUGAGUUCUAUGAUGCAAUGUCAGUCCCUAUGGCAAUAGCACUCUCUGGUCUUCCUCUUCUUGGUCAACCAGUUAUGGUAAAACCAUCAGAAGCAGAAAAGAGUCUGGUCCAGUCAACUACAGCAGUGGCUGGUGUAUCAGGUGGGCUUAUAGGCCCCUAUUCAGGAGGGGCCAGAAGGCUGUAUGUUGGGAAUCUGCAUUACAACAUAACUGAAGCUGAUCUUCGUCAGGUUUUUGAAGCAUUUGGUCAAGUAGAGCUGGUGCAGUUGCCUGUUGAUGAAACUGGACAUUGCAAAGGAUAUGGCUUUGUCCAGUUUGCACGUCUUGAAGAUGCUAGAAAUGCACUGAGUCUGAAUCAACAGUUGGAGAUUGCGGGUCGGCUUAUAAAGGUUUCAGCUCUUACUGAUCAAGCUGGAAUGCAAGAUGUUGGAGCAAAUUCUGGUGAUUUUGAUGAUGAUGAAGGAGGUGGCUUGUCUCUGAAUGCACGAUCUCGAGCACUUCUCAUGCAGAAGUUGGACCGCAGUGGCUCUGGAUCUAGCGUUGCUGGUUCCACUGGCACUCCAGUUGUCAAUAGCACAGGGCUUACUUUACCAACAGUGCCUAUUCUAGGAGCUGCACCUGCAGUAUCUCCGAUUACUCCCCUUGUUCCUGCUCUUGCUGGACUUGGUGGUUCAGGUCUUCAAGUUCCCAUUGCUACUUUGCCAACUGUUGAUACAAUUGGUGUUCCAAGUGAAUGUUUAUUAUUGAAGGAUAUGUUUGAUCCAAAUGAUGAGACGGAACCAGAUUUUGAGUUGGACAUCAAAGAAGAUGUUCAAAAUGAAUGUUUGAAGUUUGGAAAAUUGAAACAUAUAUUUGUAGACAAGAACAGUGCUGGUUUUGUGUACUUGCGAUUUGAAAAUACACAAGGUGCAGUUGCUGCACAACGUGCUCUCCAUGGUAGAUGGUUUGCUGGAAAGAUGAUUACUGCAACUUAUAUGGUGCCCCAGGCAUACGAGGCUAAGUUCCCUGAUAGCAGAUAGGAUUUAUGGAUUAUGGAUGUGCAGUGAGAAGAUGGCAUUUGCAUGUCUUUGAGUUUUUUCUUGGGGAUUGGGGGGAAGAGAGAGAAGCUUUUGUAUGAUACUGUCCUUAGGUCUGGCAUAUGAAUUGCCAAUAGAUAAAAGAUUGUAAAAAGAGGUCAGAUUUAUCAUCAAGUUGUUAUUGCCAUUUGCUAUCAAAAUAUAAGGUGUUAACAUUUGUAGGCCAAUUACUGCCUUUUUAUUGGUUGUCUAAAUGGGUUUAGCCUCCUUUGUUGGUUGCCAGCUUCUCUUUGAUUAUAUGAGCUGAUGGUAUAAAGCUCGGAUCAUCAGUGAACGUUGGAUGUUCACUGCUGGAAAAAUGAUUACUGCAAUUUAUGGCUUUUGUAUGGACGUUGAGCUGUUAUGCUAGACGUGUUCUUUUUUA